AUGGCCAAGCAUCCUUUAAAGAGAGACGAACUGCAAGAAGCAUUCACUAUGCACUGUUCUCCAGACAACACAAUUCCAUUAAAUAAGUUGGGUAUAGUCAUCCGAUCACUUGGUCGUGCCCCUACUGAAGCACAGUUACAAGCUUUGAUUAAAGAGUUUGAAAGCAAAGGUGUCCAGACUUUGACCUGUCAGCAAGUUGAAGCCAUAAUUAACAAAUAUGACUUCCCCCCAGAAUCACCUGAUGCACUUCGAGAGGCUUUGAGACUGUUUGACAAGGAAGGUUCUGGAAUGAUCAAUGCCAGUGAGGUCUGCCACAUCCUGUGCAACUUGGGCGAGAAGCUGGUGAAAGAAGAAAUGGUUGAAAUGAUUAGGGAGCUUGAUCCAAAUGGUGAUGGCCAAAUUAGUAUUGAGGAAUUUGUGCGCGUCAUUGAGGGUGGCUUGUGA